AUGGGAUAUGCAGGGGGCACGGCGGGUUGCGUCGUCGCGUCGCGGCUGAGCGAAGAUCCGAACGCGCGCGUGCUGCUGCUCGAGCGCGGCCCGCUCGUCGACGGAUGGGCGGCGCACGUCCCGCUCCUCGCGAGCAACUUCACGACGAAGACCGCGCCGGUCUAUCGUCAGCGCACGGUGCCGCAGCCCGGGCUCGGCGGGCGGGUGGUCGACAUGAUCGGAGGGAAGGGGCUCGGCGGGGGGACGCUCGUGAACGCCGAGCUGUAUACGCGCGGCGUGCCGGGGGAGUAUAACGCCUGGGCGAUUGCGGGGAGGCAGGGGUGGGGGUGGGAGGACGUCGAGCCGGCGUUCAAAAAGUCGCAAAUGUGGAUACCGCCGAAGGACACACCGGCGUUCAUGGGGUCGGAGGGUGUGAACUACGAUGCAGCUGCGACAUUCGGCGUGCCGGUCGUGGCGGACGGGAACGAUCCGAACGGGCCCGUCGCGUGGUGUUCGCGACUAGACUCGACGAUCGCAAAGGACGGGAAACGGAACAUGAUUCAAGACGCGUUCUUGCCUCAAAAGCUGGUCAGCGAGAGGAAAGGUCGGCUGACGAUCUCUGUGGGCGCGUUGGUGCAUCGCGUCGGGUUCGACAAGGAGAGCGAUGUGAUUCGCGCGACGAGCGUCGAAUUCGGUGAUGAUGCUACGGCGAAGGGCGAAGGGACCGCGAAGUACUCCGUAGUGGCGACCAGGGAGAUCAUACUGUGCGCUGGCGCUAUCAUCACUCCUCAACUCCUCCUGCUCAGUGGCAUAGGUCCUCGAGCCGAUCUCGAAUUCCACAAGAUUCAAGUUGUCCGCGACAUGCCCGGUGUGGGCGCUCAUCUGCAAGACCACGUCAGCGUCCCGGUGCAAUACCACGUCCCGCUCGAAGAAUCGAUCGAAGGCCUGCAAGCCAAACCGCUCUUCGCCGUCGGGCAGCUGCUCAAAUACGUGUUCACGCGCGAGGGCAUCUUUGGCUCGCAAGUGCAGCAGGCCGGGAUCUUCCUGCCCUCCUCCGCGCUCAGCGAGGACGGGACCGCGAUCAGGAAGGACGUGCUCGAGCACGCGCACCGGCAUACGCCACGGCACGUGCCGGAUAUCGAGGUGAUGUUCCUCCCGGUGGACUCGGACCCGCCCACGAACCAGGGGACGCCGAAGAGGGGCGUGUUUAGCUAUUUGUGCGCGGCGGUGCAGCCGAGGUCGGUCGGGUCGGUGAGGCUCGCGUCGAAGGAUGCGCGGGAUGCGCCGGUGGUGGAUCUGGGGCUGUUGAGCGACCCGGAGGACGUGGUGGUGUUGAGGAAGGCGGUCCGGUUCGCGCUGGCGUUUCAGGCGCGGUUGCCUGUGGAGGGGAAGGGGGUCGUACCGAUGACGCCGUGGUCGGCGCCGCCCGGGGAGAGGGACCGCGAGGUGGACGAGUGGGUUCGAGAGAACGCGGGGACGACGUAUCAUUAUUCGUCGUCGGCCCGGAUGGCGCCCGAGGCGGAAGGCGGGGUGGUGGACGAUCGGCUGAGGGUGCACGGCGUGGCGAACCUGAGGAUCGCGGACGCGAGCGUGUUUCCGACGAUACCCGGGGCGCAUCUGCAGGCGCCCGUGGUGAUGGUCGCCGAGCGGUGCGCCGAGUUCGUCAAGGCUGCUGCUGCUUCGUCCUGA